GAGAGAGAGAGAGCGUGUGGGGGUGGGGAGGAGGGACUGGAGCCAACAAAGACAUUUAGAAGACUUUCAGAUAAUAUCUCUGGAUCCUCCCAGACCGUCAAUCUAAUUAAGCCAGGUCACCAUUUUUUACAGCAAUAUCCUCAGUUCUGGCCUGCCGCCAUUGGACGAAAGGUUCCGUACGGCGCGUUCUGGGUGACUUUGAUAGGUGAACGGCGGCAUAUGAGGGUUGCGGAAAGGACGUUAAAGAUUGAACGGAAACCAAGACCAGGGCCAAAGAUGGAUGAGUUGUUCCAGUUAGUGGAGAAUAAAAACCAAAAUCAAACUAUAUUUGGUCUUCUUGAGAAACUGAAAGCAACUGAAUCAAAUAAUGCAAUGAGGACUCAGAUAGUACGCAUGUUUCAACUGCAAUCCUGGCCAGACAAAGAAAAGCCUAGUACAGAGAGCCUGGAGUCCAUCUUGUAUCUGAACAGACUGGUGGAACUAUGGCAGCAGAACAUGGCCUUAUACAGAAUAGACAGGCCUGCUGUUUGUGUUGUAUCCAAGGAUGGUGCUGAGCGCUGUGGAGUGUUCUGUACUCUGAACCAAGCUUUAGAUGAACUCGGAGAAGAAGGGACAGUGGACAUAUUUUCAGCUGUAAGGCGAGUCCGGAAUAAUCGUCCUGAGUUGAUCAAGGACACGGCGGAGUAUAGGCUAUGUUAUAAGUUGGUGCAGCAUGAAACCAGAUAUCAACCAAGUUUUGACGGCAACCAUAAUACCUCCCCUCUCAGUCCACAGACAGCACCUGCGCUGUCACAGGAUGAGGACUUCGAGCAUCCGGUUUGAAAACUUCCCAAAAAUAGACAGGCCCAUUUACCCCUAGCCAGCGAGGAGUGUGAUGUUUGAUGGAAUGCCAAUUUAACCAGAAAAUAUGCCAUUUUGGAGCAGUGUAACAUUUAUUUCUUCAUGUUCAGGUAAAGAUACUCAAAAAUACACAAUGGCGGAUUCUGGAGAGGGUGCAGUAGGCCCUGUGGUCAUGACUUUUUGGCACUGGCUGCUUAAAAGUCUGGAUGAUUUUUGCAGGUGCAGGCAGUGGCCCCUCAUAAUACGUAUUAUCACAAAGCAUAUAUAACACAUCUGAUUGAUCACCCCUGCCUCUCUGGAAUUAACCAUUGUUGAAAUCCCUGAAGUGAUCAAAAUGCACAGAAAAUGACUCAGAAGGACAAGUAAAUUUUUAUCAUUUUAAACAUUUUAGACUCUAGUAAGUGACACUUUUCUUAAAAAUUAAAAAAAAAAUUAUUUACAGUAAUGUGCUUAGUUUAAUUUUGAUAAAUGUACUUUCUUAUUGAUUAUGUAUGGCUAGGGUUUGGUACAUUUAUAACUUAGUCUUAACAUUUGUCCUUUUACUUCAUUUUAUUUGUUCAUACAAAACGGUGACAACAAGGUUUGAGGAAGUUAAUGAGUUUUCAAAACAUUUUAACUGGAAUUAUAUAUGUCAUACAAGCCAUGCUCUUGUUUUAUUGAUAUAACUAUCAUUAAUUAAUAGGUGUAACUGCCAGAGAACAAUUUUUCUGUUCCACACAACAUAUAUUAAAUCAGUAGAAAAAAAUUGAUUCACAUAUUGGGGGUACAUGACUGCCAUUGAAAAGAAGUUUUUGUAGUGAUU